GCAGUAUGACCGUACUUACAAACAAAAAGAUUGUUUGUAUUAAACAAAAAAUAAAACAAGCCGUGCGCGAUGGAUGUGGAGGAUCUCCGGAUGAACCAGCAGCAGCUGCUGGUCGAGAUCUCAGCCCUGCUCCAGAGCACCGCGGAACCGAGUGACAACAACGCACUGCUGCUGAAUCAGGAACUCCAAAGACGCCUCCUACAAGUCCGGGCCAAAGUUCUGGCCAUGCUGCAAGUAGUUCGGGAACGCUUCGCCAGGAACGAGGAAAUUCUGGUGCGCCGAUUGAGGCCACGUUCCAAGUUUGCAUCGGAUUCCCUCCACCUUAACCUGAGUGGAGCGAUCCUGCGGAAGGGCACGUUCCGCUUUAAAGGCAACAUGUUCUUUCGGGACGUCGACGGCCGUAGCUGUCCAAACAACGAAGACUAUGAGGAACGUUGCCACACGGAGAUGUUUCCCACCGACUUCGACAUGCACUCCCGCCACGUAUGGACACUGCUGGACAAGAAGAACGUGAUCAUGGGGAUAAAACAACAGUUACUUGACCACAGCACCCACAAGACGAACGCAAUUCCUAGCGGCAGCCUAAAGCGGAAGCCAACCGAGCGACACCUAAACACGCUGGUCAGUUUGCUGGCCACGACGGAUAGCAGCUUCAGGAUCGACUGGAACCAGAUUAGUACGCUGGACCUGGAGUAUCGGCACUCUCCGUAUAGCUGUGAGGCCAUGUGGCGGGUCUACCUGAACCCAGAACUUAGACGCGACGAUUGGACGCCGGACGAGGAUGAGACUCUACUGACAGUGGCGUCUGCUAACCGGAUGCAGAACUGGGAGCAGAUAGCCUCGUCGCUGGACCGGCGUUCCGACUACCAGUGCUUCGUCCGCUUUCACACCGCCCUGCGUCAUCUGCUGGAACCAAAGUCAAACCCCCGCUGGAGCGACGAGGACAACGAUAGGCUCCGAGAGGUGGCUGAGAGGAAUACGGCGAACGGCGUAAUUAACUGGAGAAAGGUAAUGGAAUACUUUCCAGAAAAGUCUAAGUCAACGCUGAUUGGCCGUUACUACUACGUUCUACAUCCCAGCAUCAGUCACGAGGCCUUUAGUACCAAAGAGGACAUGAUGCUGUUCGCCGCCGUGGAGGAGUACAAUGGCAAGUUCCACUGCUUUCCGCGGUCUCUCUUCCCAAAUCGAUCCUUGACCCAGCUGCGGACCCGCUAUCACAAUGUUUUGGCACAGCGCAACAAGACCGACUCCUGGUCGGUGCAGGACGACACCCGAUUGAUGAGCUUCGUUACCCAGCACGGUGCCUCUCAGUGGCUAAACUGCGCUACGUUCUUGGGCAAUCACUCGCGGACCAGCUGUCGAACGCGCUUCCUGGUCAUCAAGAAAUUCCUGGAACAGAAUCCCAAUGCCAAGGUAGAAGACUUGCCUCGCCGUCGAUCCAAAAAGGUGCCUGUCGUCACUUCCGAUAACUGGGCUCAGCGUCUGCAAGAGUGGCAAGAGGACCCGGAGUCGUUAGUCACAGCUGAACAGAUCAAAGGGUCAAGAGUUCGGAAACCCAUAUCUAAAAAGCCAAGGAUCGAUCGAAAUGCAGAAACUACGACCAAACUUUCGAAAGUCGACAUAGAACUGGGCGAGUUCUUCAAGUACAGCUACAACUUGCCGCUGACGAUUUCAACAAUCUUCCCACUUCCCAAAGACGCCCAUAAUCUUGCUUAUGUGGUCAGGGCUCUAAAAUAUAAGCCACCAAUCCGUCCCUCCCUCCUUCAGAACAUCUCCAUGCCAAUUGAACUGCUUAAGUGCUACAAUAUUAUGAUGAGGAACCUCCCCGAUGAUAAAUGCGAUUCAAAAAGUGCACUUCUAGCACCCAACUGGUCCACAAUGAUGGGGUUCCGAGCCAUGUGCAUUUUAUCCGGUGAUUGUCGUAAACAGGGGAAGAAAGACCCAGUUUUCGACUACAAAGAAUCUGCGCCUCCCAUUCAGCUUUUCCGUCAGCGGCUGCGAACUCUCUUCUACCGCACCACUCUUCUCAGUCGCCUGGAGUCACAGCUCUUUUCGGACUUACCCGCAGCCUUAGUGUCCCUUCCACGGCCCACACAAGAUUAUGCUAAGUUGGGUAUCAAUGUUCUUUUGAACGAUCCCGAACCGGAACCAAAGAAGAAUCUGAAAUCAGAGCCGCUCAGCGAAGACGAGAUGAUGAAUUUGAAUACAGUGAAGCAGGAGGUGGAAAUGGAAUAUAUAGUUCCAUAAGAAUUUUUAAGUAGAUGCAUAAGUUUAUAGUUAAGCU